GCGGAAGUGGCGGCGCAGGCCCUGCCGCCGUUGCCGAGCGCCGGGCGGAGGCGCGGGCCGGCGGCUGCGUCCCGUCGCUAUGAGCGCGGCCGGGUUGGUGUCUGCCACGCCGCCGGCCCCCGCUCCGCCUGGGGCUCCCGCCACCGCCAUGCCCCCCGGUCCCGAGUACUACGAGGAGGAGGAGUUGGAGAGCGCCGAGGAGGAGGACGGCGAGCGGAGCGCUCGGGCCCGCGACUCCGAUGAGGACACUGAGGAUGCCAGUGAAACUGACCUGGCAAAACAUGAGGAAGAGGACUUUGUAGAAAUGAAAGAACAGAUGUAUCAGGACAAACUGGCAUCUCUUAAGAGGCAGUUACAACAAUUGCAGGAAGGUACUCUUCAGGAAUAUCAGAAAAGAAUGAAAAAGUUGGACCAGCAGUACAAAGAAAGGAUACGAAAUGCAGAACUGUUCCUCCAGCUGGAAACCGAUCAGGUGGAAAAAAAUUACGUCAAGGAAAAGAAGGCAGCAGCAAAGGAGUUUGAAGAUAAGAAAAUUGAGCUUAAGGAAAAUUUGAUUGCAGAGUUGGAAGAGAAGAAGAAGAUGAUUGAGAAUGAAAAGCUAACCAUGGAAUUAACAGGAGAUUCAAUGGAAGUGAAGCCUAUUAUGACAAGGAAACUGAGGCGACGACCAAAUGAUCCAGUUCCUAUCCCAGACAAGAGGAGGAAACCUGCCCCUGCUCAGCUAAAUUAUUUGUUGACUGAUGAGCAAAUAAUGGAGGACCUGAGAACGCUGAAUAAGCUUAAAUCACCCAAGAGACCAGCCUCUCCCUCCUCUCCUGAACACCUCCCAGCUACACCAGCAGAGUCUCCAGCACAGCGGUUUGAAGCCCGGAUAGAAGAUGGAAAACUCUACUAUGAUAAGAGAUGGUACCACAAGAGCCAGGCUAUUUACCUGGAGUCUAAAGAGAACACUAAGAUCAGCUGUGUGAUCAGUUCUGUGGGUGCCAAUGAGAUCUGGGUGAGGAAAACCAGUGACAGCACAAAGAUGAGAAUCUAUCUGGGACAGCUGCAGCGAGGUGUUUUUGUGAUUCGUCGACGAUCAGCUGCAUGACUGAAAGAAUGAACUGCUGUGAAUGAGCACCAGCCGAAUGAUGUGAAUGCAAUGGCCGGUGUCACCGAGGAGCUGAGCAUCCUCUCUGGGUCUGCGCUGCCUGCAGGGCUGUCUGCUGUUUUGAGAGAAGGAAACAUGGCAAAGGUGGUGUUUGCAGGCAGCGCUCGCUCUCCCAGUGCACCUCAAGCUCUGGGGCUGAGGGUAGAGGGUCAGGGUAUUUGAAUGCAGAUGUGUUUUCUGCAUUAGACGCUGGACGUGGCGUUCCUCUUGAUAACUUCAUUUUGGUAUUAAAAUAAUUUUCCAGAUAAUGCUGUUUCUCUUCUGAAGGCUUCCAAGCUUUUACAACAGCGGAGUAAUUAUUCCAUUUGUGAGGAAAUUGAGGCAGGGGACUGCGGUUGCCGCAGCCUGUGCUCAGCACUGCUGGCAGAAGCUUGCGGCUUGUCCCAACUUUCCAAUAAGCAAAUAAAACUACAUCUGUUAAUUGCCCUUCCUUUGCAAAAUCCACUCAUUUCGUAAACACUAAUGCCGAAUUGUGUAACAACGGGCUAAGAGGGUGAGUCAAUGUUGUUCGCGUUGAGGUUUGGCCUUGUAAAUACAGAUUGCUUGCUGGAGACCUGUUGUUGGUGUCAGGGGUCGGUAUAAACAGUGUUUACAGUUUGCUUUUUCAGGGGGAGCUUUGUGUUGUAGGGAUUUUUUUUGGCCUUGGACCCCUUCUUUUCUGCCACAAGCUUAACAAGAUCCUUUGUCAUUCUCCAGGGAAGCUUUCAAACUCACCACUGUGGUUUUGAAUUGGCUUUAAAUAAAAGGUGUUGUGCUUCUGAAGUGCCCUGCCCAAGGGCUCUAGAGCACUCCACAUGCAAUCCAAACAGCCAGCAGACAAAGCCAUUAAAUGUGAAGUGCCUAUGCGUGAUUACCUGGCAGAAAGCUGUAGAAAAGUGUUUGCAGCCGAGUCCCACAGGAAUAGGCUUUGUCUGAAAAACCACCCUCAGCAGGUGAUAACUCUGUUGGAAAAAGUCAAGGCACCCUCAGGAGCCAUCCUUGGGGCUGAGCUCUUGAUCUUCAACCCGCUGUGAUGGAGGACCCCGCUGUUCCCGUGGGAUUGUGCUGUCUUCCCUCUCCAAGUACUGCAGGCUACAGCGGGGCUCACUAGACACGAGAUGCUGCCCAAUGCUCGCUCUGAUUUACCUUUGCCUUGGUGCAGGCUGCUGACGCCUCUCCUGCAUCUCCCCGCCAGUCAUCCGAGGCUUGUCCUGCAGCCGUGGAGGAUCAGGCAGGUCUGGUUUGGGGAGCAGGGACCUCGGUGUCACAGAGGGGUACCACGAGAUCUCCGAACUCCAGUCCUCUGGAGCCUGGAGGAGAGAGCCAAAGCAGACGAGGGCAGUGCUCCUCUGGAGUGGGACGACACCUUCCUGCUGACCGCUGCCCUUGGGUUAGGGAGGAUGCAAGACAGGAGGAGCAGAGGGCUCAGCCAAGGCAUCUGUCGGCUCCUUCUGGAGAAGUCCCGACGGCUCCCAACUUACCAUUUCUGGCAUCCUGACUGUUGCUCAGAGCUGCAGAGACGCUGUACUAAAGCUUUGCUGACAUGCAAAGCCCUGCGACUAAUUCCUCCGGAGCAGGCUGUGCCGUUCACCUGUGAGACACCAGCUCCUCCAGGAUGAGGAGACCGGACCCGUGGCUCUUCCACGUGAUACCAAAUCUCCUGACGUGCCCUUCCCGCAGCUGCUGAAGAGAGGCUCAACGUGGGGUGAUGGUCCUGUGCUCCUCCUGCCUGGAUGUCUCCUCUUCCUCGUCAGGUCAGUGUUGCCAGAUGGGAUCUUGUCUUCAGGAGGAGCCUCUAGUGCCAUGUUCACACUGAUUUUGCUAAGCACCUUGGCUCCUGAGGACAUUUGCAUGACACAGCUGGUUUAAGAAGGUUUUUACAGAGCAUAGUCAUUUAUUAUGAGCCAGCAUUUGCAGAGUAACUCCAUACAAUUAGCUGGGUCGCUGGUGCUUGCCCUGGGACCUGUCCAGGUGUUAAGAAAUAAAUAAGUUUUAAAUAGAAUGAAUCACUCAGAGUCAAUCAUUUAGCAUUAGGAUAGAGAAGUUACAGCAUAAUAUUGUGCGAUUUAGUAUACUGUUUGUCUAGCGUUACUUACUUAGCAUGAGGAGCUAGAUCUGCUGAAGCUUCAGGCUGCAAGCUGGGAGCUUUCACCUAGAUUUGCUGAACUUUUAUGUAGUUAAGCAAAAGAGGGUCUCCAGAGCCAGCUCAAACCAAGAGGGAGGGAGGCUACAGCCGCCAGCAGAAGCUGCAGCUCGGGCAAGGUAAGAACUGUUAACAGUCUGCCUGGACAUGGAGAAGGAACCCAGUGAGGUGUUAGAAGAUCCCAGACCAGAAAUCACCAUUGGACCGAAAGGCGCGUGAAGAGCGCGGGAGGGGCGGGUGCGCAGGUUGCAAGGGGAUAAUUACUCAGGGAUUUCUUUGUUUGGGGUCUCUCUUUGGAGACACCCGGCUCGAGCUGUUCCUACUGCUGUACCCCUCAAAUUAUUUCUUUUAUGGAAUCUGGAGCCUGAGACACUGCUGUGGGAAACCUAGGGUCCAAACCGCAGGGAUAAUACCGCCCAGAUGAGUGUGUGAGUGUGAGUCAAGGAGCAAACUGGGGCACCCAUCGGUUGACUGGAACCACCUUCUGCGAAGGGACUUGGGUCCUAGCAGCGAAGUCUCGGGUGGUGUGAAAAUGACCCCGAGCCUGACCGGGACACUCUGACAAUGCAAAGUACCUUGACACGGGGAAUCCCAGACCCGCUGGGGGCUCAGAGGUGCCUGCAGCUCCAUGGUCUACUCCACUUGCUGUGGUGACAGCCUGACUCGGCCCACCAUGGAGUAGCCCUGGCCCUUUGGUAUGCCUCUUUCCAUGAUUUCAUCUAAAUUCUGCUACCUUUCCUUGUCAAAACCAGUAGAGGUGAGCUAACGACCUGGGUGCAGAUCGGAGGGUGCAUCCCCUUUUACCUCAUCACAUACUGAUGAUAUUAAGUCCAAGAGCAUCGCAUUCUGGAUGUUUAUAAAUUAUAAGGGAAACAGAUUUCUCCCUUAAUCCCCUGAGUUUUUUUCAUUCCUUCAUUGUGUUAUUUAAUACGUUAAGCUGUAUGCCAGCCCUUGUUCUUGCUUACUAUAGAUGAGGCUGGCUUGCCAGCACUUUCGCCUCCUUCCUUUUCCCAUCAGCAUCUGAGAGCUUGGGUAGAGCUGCUACAUGUUACUUCUGCAGCAGCGCUUUGAUUACCUCUGUCAGUGCAGACUGACCAAUACAGCAGUUCAAUGAGUAUGUCGCUCUUGACAAGCGUUAUUUGCCCUGGAUAAAUCAGGUAGCAUAUCUUCAGUUGCAGGUAAUAGGCAGUAACAUCCUCCUUCCGCAUCAUCUGAAGGUUUCCAGGUCUCUGUUUCACCCAAAGGGGCUUCCUUGCUUCCACCGCAGUGGGAUGCAGAGAGCUAACACUGAGUGAGGAAUUGUGGAGUCUAGAAGCAGCAGGGCUGCUUUAAAUGAGGCUGUUGCCCUCUGUACUCAUCCCAUCUCGAGAAGCACAAGAUAUGAUCUCAAGGUGCAGGACUUCUUCUCAAGUCGAGGAUGAAGUUGCAGAUAUUUCUGCGCAGCGAUAGGAUCUCGCCAGCCAGCUCUCCUUUAAUAAGAUCCCAGGCAUUUGAGGUGCCCGACUACCUUAUCUCCCCGCUGCAGAUGUACGUUACCCCCCUCUCUCGCCAGACUGGGAGAAAGCAGCUGAAAUGCUGCUACCCAGCCCGGUCUCCGGUAAAUGCUACAACCUCUUCUCUAGCCCAUAAAUAAAAGGGGAGGUUGGAUGCUAAAGCAAGGCAUGAACACAGCAUCGCCCACGCUUCGGCAGCUCUCGGGGCCUCCUGGAAGCUGUCUGAUGCAAAAGGGAACAUCCCCAGCCAGAGAAGUGAAUGCCAGAGCAUGUGCCCUGGCCAGAGUGGCCACUGUGAGCAGAAAAUGUGGAAAAAUAAGUGGAAAGUGGAAGGAGAAGCUGGGAAUCAACAGCACUUCAUGCAGCACACAGCCUGGAAAAUGUAGAAAUUUUGAAGGGAAGUGAAAAGAUGCGAUGAGAAACUUCAGAAGAAUUUCUAGCAGUGAGGAGGAUGAACUGAUUUUUAGCAUAUGAAAAAAAGGGGAAAAAGAAAAAAGCUCUUAGCAGUGCUAUCGGAAUUGGAAAAGUAGAGCGUGUGGUGUUAUCUGCGGAGAAGGGGUGAUGCCUUCAGCCUGCGUGACGCCAUGCACCCAAGGUGAGCUCCAGGUUGGCUUGGUUUCUGUCCUAAUCCAGCACAUUCCCUGCCCACAGUGCUUUUCCCUGGAGCACCCUUGAGCCUGUCCAGAAGAAGUAGGAACUCCUUUCUCUGACACCUGCCGAGUGGCCUGUCCGGAGGCAAGCAGCAUCGUUCCCCAUCGUUAGUGGUCUGAGGCAUGGAAAGCUCUGUCUCGUUAGCGUUGUCUCUUGCUGGGUAAGCGCUGGCCGAGGCUGCGGGCAGGUAGAGCGUCCCCGGAGCUGCUUGGAAACACGGCGAUGAGUGAAGGUCCAUCCAGAUGCUCCUCUCCCAGCAUGGUGCGUGAGAGUGUUGCAGCGUGGCUAGUAGCAACAGAAAAGCUCGAAAAAAACUCACGUGAAUUUUAAAAUGAGCAACACCAGGAGAUCCAGAUUUGCUGGAUCCAGAGCCGCUCUGUGCGAUGCCCAAGUCUCCUUCAGCCUGGCCUGUCCCUAUGCCACACGUGCAACCAUCCAGCCCUCUCCAGAGGAGAAUCAGGCUCCGAGGUCCCCGGGAGGCUGCGAUGGAGCAGGAUCAGCCGGAGCUCAGCGCUGUGCCCGGUGGAGACCCUCUUCUGGGAUGGAGCAGGCCAGCAGGCUGUCCAGGCAGCUUCUCAUAGUCCCCGGAAAGUAAAUCCUGGGAGCGGAGUCCCCACUGCUAGCUGAUUGUAUCAGUUUGUAUUAGAUCCCUCUGAGUGUGUUUUGCAUAAUUUGUUUCCCAGAAUGAAGUGUUUUACAAGUGCAGCGUUUAAUCACCUUGCAAAAGGGGAUGAAAAACUAUCUCCACCCCUGGGGCUGGGAAAUAGCUAAAAGGGAAUCUAGAAAAGAGACCGCGUGCUCACUCCGUCAUAUUAGCUGGGCUGAAAAGCCCAGAAGAGCUGGUGUUUGUGCUUGCAGACAGCCAGGGGUUGGCCAGGAGGACUCAGAGGUUCAAAAAGCCCAUGCUGAAAACAUCAAGCACGGAGAUGUCCGAGUGGAGCAGAGCCCCGGCGUCCUGCCCAGGAGCUGGAGCUGUGCUUGCCCUCCCAGGGGCCGUGAUGCCUGGCUGAAGGAGGGUGGUGUGGAUGCUGCCCAUCCAAAGCCUCCGCAAGCCACCUCGGUGUAACGGCUCCUGAAACAUAGCUCUUCCCUUGGGCCCUGGUGCUCCCCUUACUUCUGUUUUUAGCGGAGGCACCCCAAAACCUGGCAAUAGAAGUAUCUCCUCAGCUGAGGCUGGGUUUCUGGCAAUGAGCUGAAUCCAAGCAAACCUGUGUCAGAAGCAAUGCCGCAGAAGGGAGCACCACCAGGCUCUGCGCAGGACCUGGCCCUUCCUCGAGGCAGAGUAGGCGAAGGAUGAAAAAUCAGAGUAAUGGCCAAGGAGACAGCAUCCACUUGACUUCUCUUGCCCAUGGCGGGAGCGAUUAAUCUAGCUAAGGCAUUGCAGCAGGGCGAGACCACAAGGUUACGCAGCCCAAGCCCGUGUGCUCCAGGACCUCAGGACGAUGCAGGACCAGCAGCCGCCAGGUUUGUUCCCCCUCCCUCUCCCUGCCUUGCCUUUAAUCUGCUGCCGGGGGGGGAAUAUCGUUCCCGGUCGGGAGCUGGUUCAACCCCGGCCGGUGAAGCAGCGGGAGCCCUGCCGUUACUAAUGAGAUGUUUGCUGCUCGCUGGCUGACGCGGCGGCAGGGACUCGGUGCUGCCUGAGACCUGCGCCGAUAAACCGAGCCUCCCGGAGAUGGAGUGGCUUCCCUCUGCUCCGGGCCUGCCGUCUGCUCCCUCUUAUCUAAUAGGAUCUCUCCUCUGAGCACCUCUCAAGCCUCCUCUGUAGCGUAACAAACCGCUGAGGUCUGAUCCUGCCGGCAAGCGCCAUGAAGUGAGAGCGGAUCUGUCCGCCGGCAGUCUCCGCUCCGGGGUCGGAGCGGGGCGGUGGUCCGUAGGAGGCUGCUGGAAUUCCGUAUUGCAAAGGGCACGGCUGUCGCCUUCGGGGAGAGGCUCCGGCAGAUGUUGGAGGAGAACCACCCCGCACAGAGCCAGCAUGCCCCUCGUUUGGCUGCGGCUGUUCGACGCCAACGAUAACGAGCAGCUUGGAAGGACGUUUUUUUUUGUUGGUAGCUGGUGAUGCCUGUUUACUAAAGGCUGCUGAAUAGGAAAGGGAACAAGGUCUUGGCCUCCCCGCCUGGGAGCAGGACCUUCUGUCCCUUGGACACGUGUGGCUGGCGGGGUGUCUGAGUAAUGACGUCCCGGGGAAGAUGCUGUCUGCAGCCCUGGGUUUGAGAAGCCACAAAGGGUGGGUGAUGCAGUGCAGACGGCAUUGAGGGGAUGGGUGCCUGCCUCUCCCCCCGUUAUUUAUUAUGCCAUAAAAUCCAAGGUAAUGUACAUCAAUAAACGCUGCAAAGGGUUUCAUGCGUGUCAGCCACGCGUAUGUGACGGAGCAGACGCUCUUUCAAGACAAGGGGCUCCGUGAGCGGAGGCUGGUGUGAUUGAUAGGGCAGCCUUCAGCUGCCCGCACCUUCGCUUGGCUGUAACGGGGAUCUGCUUCCCCAGAGCACCCCAUCGCCGUGGGCUGGGAAGGCAGGGUCCCUCUGGGCAGCGGGGUCCCACCUGCGUGGGUACCUCCUGUGAGGGGUUUUUGCAGGCUCUGUGCUCAGAGCUGCUCGCCUGCGUGUGACGAUGGCCAACGCCAUCCCCAAGGCAGGGUCGGAUGCCCGGGGAGGCAGGGAGCACUGGGGGGGCUGCUUGGAGGAGCCAAGGUUCCCACUGGCUGAUUUUUCCCAGGGAACAAGACGCGUGCCAUCAGGCUUUUUAUGUGCCUGUACACCUGACAGCUCCUGAGCCCCUCAGAUGGUCUCAGCCGCGUGUGACAGCAGAGCUGUCACCAAUGCUGACGGGAGAUGUUCCUACGCGGAGAUGUUCUUGCACAGAGAUGUUCCCGCGUGUCCCGUGAAACGUGCAGCCAGAUGGGAGAGGGUGACGGCGAGCAUCACCAUGGAGGGACAAGCCAGCGUGCGCACACCCCCAGGACACGCAGGAACGAGUCCUGGACGCGUGUGGCCCUCUCGUGGGUGAAAGCUUGGGCAGGCGGCGACAACUUAGACGUCAAACUUGGGUGAACCAGGAGACAUAAAUCCCGGUAUUUGGGAUUAGUGCGGGUAAUUUGUUUUAAAGACAGACAAAUCCCUUCCCUGUAGGUGCCUGCUUGUCACAGGAGACGUUCCUCACCUCCAGGAGAGUUACCCCAGUUGAACAGAUCCAGCCCUUUCUGGGGACACAGUCUCCGGAGUUGCUAAUCACUGGGUUUGGGGAUUUUUUUCCUAACACUUGUGGGUGAUGGCUUCCUCCUCCUUCUCCCUUUUGUCUCUCUGCAACAUCACAGGGUUGGGAAGGACCAGCUGCUGAUUUGAUUAAUGGCCCUUUUCUGAAAAAGCAACAGAGACAAAUGUCCUCCUGAACGUGGCAAAGAGAAAUGGAGAAACAGACUGGCUAAUUUUCAGCUAUUAUUUGGGAACCCAAACUCCUUCCCAGUAUCAAUUUAGCUAUUAUUUCAAAAACUAAUUAAUCUUCACUGAGGCAGCUCCAAGGGACCUGUGUUUAGAUAAUUAACAGCCCAUGGAUUAUGAAAAGUCUUGCUUUUGGAUCCUACUACAGUGCUUGCCUUCGAGAACACGCCUGCUAUCAUCCUGCUUACCAACUCCUUUCAUCAAUCCAUCUUAUUUUGACAAUUAAGAGCAAAUAAUUAGCCAUGAUGGAUUUUGCUUGCUUUCUUGCAGCUCAGUUCCUUUUUCUUUCGGUCCUUAAAUGUUCUUCAGCUGGGCAAUUUUUUUGGUGGUUUUGCAGCUAAUUACAGCCAAGCAGGGCAAGUCACUGCUGUUACCAAGAGGAUCUGGAGAAAGGUUUUAUUUGGCUUGUGGAGAAGCUGGGCAGCAAGGUAUGCGAAAGGAGAUCCUAGAAGGAUAGGGGAUGGGAUUUUUUUUUUUUUUUUUUUUUUUUCCCCUUCUCCAGUCUUGCACGAUGCAACGUGAACUCACCCCCCCCGUAUUGCCGUGCCGGCGCUGGGGUCACCUCCCUCCCUGGGGAAUCUCAUCCUGGCCUCUCGCUUGCCGCCGCAGCUUUGAUCCUCCUGUUGCUCUGGAUGGCGAGAUGUCCCCGAGCUGCCGGGGCUGUGGGAUUGCUCUGCGCAGCACAGCGAAGGCGAUGGGGUGGCACAGACCCAGAGGCAGCAGUGGAGCGGGUCUGCAACCGGUGCAGACCCCGAGCAGCUCCCGGCCGUGCCCUGCGUGCUCGCUGGCUGCGGGGAAGCGAAUACGGGCUGGCAGCGCUAGCGGAGCGAUGCCGUGUUUAAUAAAUUUGAAAGGCAGCCACAGAUGACAGCGCUCUGCCCGCUACGUCCACCGAGUGCUGCAAUUCUUCAUUAAGCAGCCCAGAGUUUGCUUGCUCUUCUGCUGAGGGCAAAGGAGCCGGAGCGGACUUCAACCUGUGUUUCCUGGGAUCCCGAGCUACUGAUGGACCAUUCUUGGUGCCCUUGCUAAAACCUGAUGCUGUCCCCAUGCCAGCACGGGGAGAUUUCCAACCAAACCUCCCCAUCUUGGGGUCAGUUCAUUGAAGGAAGCAAAGAAGAUUUUCGACCCUCCCGUCCCGUGGUGCCUACAAGCCAGAUGGGAGAUGGAUGUGGCCGUGGCCACCCACAUUUGGGACUCUCCAGAGCUAGUGGAUGUCUGGAAGAGUCCUGCAAGCCUGGCGAGGCAGGAAAACACUAGCAUCUCACUGCUGCGACCAAAUCCUGGCUUAGGUAGGCUUUAGUGCAAGUUUUGCCUUCUGAAGCGGGGUUCGUCUGUGCCCUGUUUUCCUACGCUACCUGGCAGGGUUUGCCCACCCACGUGCCACUCGGCCGUGCGUGUCUGGUGGGGUGGGAUACAGGGGGAGGCAGGAAAUCUGCACCCAGAGCAAAGCCCCAAACACCCACCCCAUGCCCAGGAGGGGGCACGGGUGGGUCUUCAGGGCUUUGUACCAAUAUUCCCUCAAUUUUGGAAGGGAGGAAGACGAGGAGGGGAGGAAAUGCAUCCUGUUACGAGGACAGGGUUUAAGAGCAUCUUCCCUGGCCAAACUGCCCCCCCCAGCCCCUGAGCCCGUCUCAUCGCUGGGCUGGAGUGGCAUAAAGAGAUUCAACAGAGUACUCUGGCUUUAAAUAGCUAGGUGUGGAUUCAGGCUCAAGCAGAAAGAAAUACUUCCUGAUGAGCUGCUUACUUUUUCAAACAGAUGAUGUUUGUGUCUGAUAAAUCUCUGCAGGCAAAACUCCUUGGUCUAGCAGUUUGACUCCUAAUUAAAUAUUUACCAAGAUGGCACCUCGCCCUGCCUCAAGAAAUAUCAUCCUUUCACCUCCGCGUGGCUCUCACCUCUUUUGCAAUGCUGCAGUUUAAGGAGAGCCAUUUAAAGCCUUGGCUCCAAUAAAACGGAGGAAAGCAAUUCUCUCUCCACCUUUCCAAUCUCUUUCCAUUUUCCCCGUCUGUGAAUAAGGUUCACUAGAGGCCCUGGAGCUCCCGCUUCUCAAAAAGCAAAGGGCUCUCGCAGGAGGGCUGGAAGUCUCCCCAUCAGUGUCCCUGUCACCGCCUCUGCUUCGCUGCUGUCACCUCCUUCAGCGCAUUAGUCCGGAGCAUUUGGAGGUGCCUUGGAAAAGGGGGGUUGGAAGUAAAGGCAUGGCACCCCCGGGCUGGUGGGGCUGCGAGGCUUUCACCCGUGGCUUGGGGAGCACCCUGCAUCCUGCAGUGACGGCUGCUGGAGUGGAACAUCAGCACCAGAUGGGAGCCCAGAGCAAGAAAGGCAGCCGUUCUGGGUCGUGCUGGAGGUCUGUGAGCUCGGUGCCCAGCCACGACAUGUAAGAACGGGACAGGGGAAUCGCGGGGAGCCUCCAAAGUCUCUUCUCUGCUUGCCGCUGUUUGCAUUUGAGGAUGUCCCAGAUCUGAGAUGGUGUCCCUGUAUUUAACAGCCAUCCUCAGGCUAUGCACGCAACUCUCUCCUGAGCCUCCGGGCCCAGGACCUGCCUGACCGUCAGCUCUCUGCCCUCCCUAACCCGUCCUUUACAGGGUCAGCCAUGCGUUGCCUUGGUGGGCUCUUGAGUUGGCCAACAGCGACCAGAGCUCUGCUGCUCCCCUGCCUGAGCACGCACGUGUUAACGCACAUAAAGCAAACAGACCCGCUGCCCGAGGUGGGUUUUCUUUGGAAUGUUCCUCUGGUGAGGAUUAACUCCUGACGCUGCUAUUUGUCAUGGGAAGAGGCUGCAUUUUCCUGGGAGAUGUUGGAUUUAAGCAGGAACAUGAAGCUUUCUCCAACCUUGGAUCUCCCACAUCACUGACUGACCAUGUCGCUUUUCUUAUGCCUUGAUAAGACUUAUCCUGGAUUAUUAUUUAGCUGCUAAUUAAUCUUGAGAGUGAUGUAAAGGCUUUGAACUGCUGUUUGAAGAUGGAGUGGAUGAUUUCUGCUCUUGUCAAAGAAAGAGGGAUUUGGAGGUAAGAUCCCAGCUCUGAACGACAUCAAGUUGCUCUCCCCGGGCAGGUGGGACCGGCUCCUGCCUCCCUCUCCUGCCAGCACCUGCGGGGCCCCUGUGAGACAAAUCCCCUCAGAAAUCGGGAGCAAAAUGGUGCUUGGGAGGGAUGCCAGCUGAGAUGACAUCUGGCUGGGGACUGGACACUCCCUGUCCGAACAGUCAGAUACCAACAGGAGUCUCCCCGCGGGGUCUGUGAGGUUUUUGGAGUUAACAGCCCAGCCCUUUUCUUCUCCCACAAGCGUUUUCCCCUAAUAUAUCUUGUUUGCUUACAGACUCAUUGCAGCGCUGAGCGACUGCUCCGAUGUCUCAUUAAUCAACACUGACGAUGGCCGUGCGGCGUCUGGUGGAGCCAUGAUGCUGAGAUCCCGAUCGCUGCUUCUUCCCCAGCCGGGGAUAUUUUGCAGACGAGCGGCGCUUCUCCUCGAACAUUCCAGCAGAAAACUGGGAAGAAACCACAUCCCCCUUGGGGCUGAAGCCCACGGAAGAUGCUCUUUCUCUAUGCCAGCCUCUUGUUCCUGCCCGCAGGGCACGCCGUGAAUUAUGGUUGGUCCGAGUGAACCUGCAUCUUUUUUAAAAUACAUUUUUUCCUUCUCUAUGCUUGCUGGGAUCAAGGGCAGCUCCGUGGAGGGCUGGUGGGUUUGUCUGCUGCUGCAUUGAUUUCGCAAAGGCUAGGGAUGAAAGCCCUGAGGCCUCCAGCUGAGACUGUAGAGGUUUUUAGGCUUGAGUUUUCCCAAAUUCUGUCCAUCACAAAGCGAACAAACGCCACCGGCCAGGAGCAGCUUGAAGCUAGAGACAGUUGUUGGCACAGGGGUUGAGCAUCGAUCGCUGGCUGCUGGGCCAGACUCGACCAAAACCCCACUGGUGUCCAUCCCUCCGGCUUCCGAACGUCAGGCUGGGAAGAAAAACCAGCCUGCUUAGAAAGCAAUCGUUUGCCAUCAUGCUGGUUUAGAUUUCAGAUGCCCGUCAUCGCCGGUAAUGACCCUGAGCAGAAAGCCUAGUGGACCUCAGCCCGUUUUGGUUUUAAUCUGACCUGGGUUUGUGAUGUCCUGAAAAUGGCAUCAUCCAUCACUGCCCGGGGGGGUCAGGAAUGGGAGGGGAGGUUAAACUCCUCUCCCUCACCUUCUGCCGCUCCCCCGCCGCCGCUUUACCUCUCCAGAAGCUGCAUUCGAGUACAAUUCACUUUGUUAUUAAUUUCUUUUACACAGCGGCUUUUGAAGUGCCUGGGAACAAGGGCUCGUGUCACGGAGACGCUUUACAGACCAGCAGCUGUAAUGCUUAAGUGCUGUUUAAAUAGCCAGCUCAUCUAAAAGUAAUAGGCAAAGAGCCGAAAGCUUGCCAGAGCAGCAACCUUGCGUGUGCCUAUUUGAACAGGCUGUACGGAGGGGGUUUGGGAGAGCAGGGCUUCUUCCCCAGCAGCUGCCUGGGUCGGAUCAGGGAUGGGAUCAUGUCACCCUCAUACCCCCACGGAGAACCCCGGGGACGGUCCAGCUCGCCGACACGGGCAGAUCGGGGCUGGAUGGCCGUAGCCCUCGGGUGUCCUUUCACCAGGUGAUGCGUCUUGAUGGACCCGGGUCCCUCGAUGCCCCUGCCCGCUGGAGGAGCCACCUGCACCCCCGCGGUGGCCCUUCCUUGGCCGCGUGGGUCCCCAGUGCCUGCAAUCCCCAGGGGAGCUCCACACGCAGUGCUGGAGCCGUAAGGCAACCUCCCGAGCGAGAGAAAGGCUGGCAGAGGGGCCGGCAGCCUGGGUGGGAAUGCCGAGGGUACCCUGAGGUGUCACCGUCACCGCCCGGAGCGUCCUGCCGUGGCACGCGGUGGCUUUGGGGAAACGGAUGCGCUGGGACCCUUUAUAGGGGUCUUAUUCGCUUUUAAUCUGGUAGCUAAAUUAUAUUCUUCCCAAAUGUAAUAAAUGAGAGUUUUAAUCAAACUCAGCCAGCCAGCACUGAUGUAAUCCUGGCGGCAGAGGAAAAUAUUGCAUUUUUGUUUGUUUAUCUCCCCCUACGCUCCCUUGGAGAUGUCCCGGCUCUCGCGGGGGCUCCUCGCGCUCGGCAGCCCCGCAGGGCGCGAGCUUUGCCCUGCUGUUAACCGAAGCAGCACGCCGUACGUGGGGCCAUCGCGGCAGGACCACCGCUAGCCCACCUCCUCCCAGCCCCUCUCCUUGGCCACGCAUCCCCGUGGCAGCGGUGGGAAUGUCCUCCUGCUACCCCUUUCUUUUCGGGAAGAGGGUCUCUCUUGAUACCCCCAUCCCAGGAGCCGGUGUUGGGUUCAAGCCCUCCGCUCCGGGUUUCCUAUCACCCAUGACGGCGCCAGGAUCUGGUCUUAUGGCAUCUCCAGGUCUUAACUUGUCUGCCUGAAUCUUAGAUGUGUUGUGGCCCUCGGUCGUGGGGAACCUGAGCAUCUCCCCAGGCUGGAAACAGCCCUGGGCAAAUGGGGAUAAAGCCACCGGGCUUCACUGGCAAAGCACCUCCCGAUGUCCAGUUGGUCAAUGUAGUUGGGAACGAGGGGAGACUCCGUGUUUUCCCUGUACAUCAGAGCCCUCGAAAGCCACCGGAUCCCAGCACGGAGCCAGCUGCUCCCGGAGACACGGCUCCACUGCCGCCUUUCUCCAAAUGGCUUUUCUCAGUCAAGGCUUUUCCAGAAAUAGCUUGUGUACACUGAGCAGCCAGCUCUGCAAAUAGCUCGCCUCCCAAAACGGAGGAGGCAGCGCCAUCGGAGCAUCGUCCCCUGUGUCCCUUCCACGCUCCUGAGCGCCUCGGCACUGGCUCCAGCGUGCAGAAACCCUCCGCUUCCCCCGGGACACCUCUGCCAGUUUGGAAACGGGGAUGUGCCGGGGUCCUCUGUGUCCGGGCGGUCCUGUCUGGGAUCAGGGGAGGAUCCGCAGCUUUGCUGCAGCUCGCUCAGCCGUGUGCAUCCCGCAUCCCUGCAGGGAAGGAUGGCCGGUGGCUUCCUGGGGCAGGGCAGGUGGCCCAGGGGACGCGGCACGUGGCCCCGCUGCCACGGUGGCCAGGCACCACCGCCCCCAGCUGCAGCGCUGCCUCGUGUCCCUUCUUAUAUGUUUAUUACGCCAACGUAAAGGGGGGGAAUGCAGUUUUUUUUCCCUGUAGAUUUAACUCAUUUAUUAAUAGUCUGUAAUGCCAGUAAUAGCUCAUGUAUAAAUCUGUUCUUAAGAAUUUAUAGGGCAAAUAUUCCAGCGCCAUAUUAAAGACACAACUCAUAAAUGCCCGUAAGCACCGGCCCGGCGGCUUCGGCGGCAGGAGACGGUUAUCCCAGGGGAGGGAGAGGCGGCGAGCUCACCCCAGCGGCUUCCACCCGGAGCCUCGAAAAUCUUCGGGAAGCAAAUUAUUUCAGGGACUGUCCCCUCCAGCCAGAAGGUGCCUGUGGCCUCCUGCUCCGUGCUGUGCGGGCACCGAGCCCAGGGUGGGUGUCAGCACCAUCCGGAUGCUGAAAUGCUGUUCCCGUCCCUGCAGCCCACCCCCAGCACCCUCCCCAGGGACCCCCCCCAAUCUGCCAUCACCUCGUCCGCAGCCCCGGGUGACAGUAUUUACUGCUGAAGUGCGCCGAGCGUAAUUGCUAAUCAGAUACAGGCAAUCAAUUCAUCCCCCCCUCCCCUCCGCCACCGCCUUGGGGAGGGGCUGCCUUUCCCUGCUGAAGGUGACUCCUGCAGGAAUUCAAAUUUAAAAAUAAAGGCGAUAAUCAUCAGAAGUUCAUUAAAUUAGCAUCAGGCUCAUUUGCACUUGGCGGCGGUGGGGGAGACGACAAGGCAGAGGGUGCGGGUGCCCGUCCCUGCCUUCCUCCCCUCGCCUCGAUCCCGGGGUGUCCGCAGGAGAUGCCUCCAGUGGGACGAGGCUCCGAGCGCUGCCGGGAGCCUUCCCUGAUUUACGCCUCCUGUCCCGGGGCUGCUGCAGUCAUGAGUCAACAGCGCAGUAUAUUUAAAUGCAAAACACCAUUAUCCUUCAUUAAAAGCUCUGUCAUCACCCAGAC